UAAGAUUGAAAUUUUUAACUUAUCUUAUAAUUUUAAUAAUAGUUAUCUCAUCUAAAGUAUAGUAAAACAAUUUGACCAAGAUGAGAUUAUUAAUUAUUACGUUUUGUUUAUUAUCAUGCACUAAUUAUCUAUUAGGUGCCCGACAAAAUGUAAAUACCGGUUACAAUUGCAAAAACGAAAAUCUGGGAACACUGGACGCCAAUGGACAGACCAUUAGCCGCGACGGACGCGUGACCGGUAACGUAGACCAGACUGAUAAGCGAACCAUACGGGACGGUAACAACAAAGUAAUUGGUUGGUUGGGUUACGACGACAAUCAGAUUGCACGCAACGAUCAAAACCAACAGAUCGGUGUCGUUGGCUGCUGUGACCACGUGUGGCGCGACGGCCAAGAUAUCGGUUAUUUGGGCGAUGACUCGAAAACCGUAUUGGAAAACGGCUCCAAUAGACGCAUCGGUACUCUACCGGCACCAUACUAUUCAGGUGACGGUGUCUACGAUGGCGCCGGCAAUCGUGUGGGUACUGUCGCCGGCGACAGUAACACAGUCUACCGAUACGGCAACGGUGCCACCAAUUGGAACGAUAAAAUCGGUACACUCGAUGCCGAUGAUGUCCGGGUCAGAGACGGCAACAACAAUAUCGUUGACGGAUAUCGCCGUCGAAAUCAGAGCCGACAGUGCGGUGAUAAUGGAGGAAAUGGAGCUAACACUAACACCGGCGCACAAAAUGGUGGUAGUAGUGGUGCAACAAAUGGUUUGGCAGGAACUGGUGGAACCAAUGGAGGAACUACUGGAAAUAAUGGUAUAAAUGCUGGUAACGGUGCCAAUUGGAACAACAAUGGAAAUGGAGCAACUAAUGGUCUGACCGGAGCUAACGGUGUUGCUGGUGGUAGUGGUGAAACUCAAACAAGUGGUGGAAGCGGAUGGACUAAUGGAGGCAACGGUGGCAAUGGUGCCGGUAAUGGAGGCAACAAUUAUGUCUACGGCACCAAUGGUCAACCUGUCGGCUAUGUCGGCAACAAUGGACACAUCUAUAACUCUAACAAUCAAGAUAUCGGUUAUCUCGAUAGUGAUGGCAACACUGCCCGCUCUUAUAAUGGAAACGGUGUUAUCGGUUAUAGAAACCCGGGUGCUGUCAAUGGAGGUACUAAUGGUAACGGAAAUAUUGGAGGUGUAGGUAACGGUGGAAAUGGUGGAAACAACAAUUAUAUCUACAGCAAUGGUCAGCCAGUGGGCUAUGUUGGCGCUAACAAUCGCAUUUAUAACACCAAUAACCAGGAUAUUGGAUAUCUGGACAAUGAUGGCAAUACCGCUCGUUAUAAUAAUGGAAACGUUAUUGGAUACAGAAAUGGAGGUACCAACGGAGGCGUCAAUGGAGGUACCAAUGGAGGUGUCAAUGGACCAAUAACUCCUAUUGGAGGUGGUUCAACUGGAAUUGGUGGCACUAAUGGAGGUGUAAACGGUGGAAAUGGAGCCAACAAUUAUGUCUACAACAAUGGCCAGCUGGUGGGCUAUGUCGGAGCUAACAAUCGUAUCUAUAACACCAAUAACCAGGACAUUGGAUAUCUGGACAAUGAUGGCAAUACUGCCCGCUAUAAUAAUGGCGGUGUUUUUGGAUACAGAAAUGGCGGCAAUGGAGGUGUCAAUGGAGGCGUCAAUGGACCAAUAACACCUAUUGGAGGUGGUUCAACUGGUGGUGUUAAUGGACCCAUAACUACUAUUGGUGAUGGUAGAACUGGUUAUGGUGUCGGUAAUAAUGGCUACAAUUAUGGUACAGGUUAUGGUACGGGUUAUGGUACGGGUUAUGGAAAUGGUUACGGUUAUGGUUAUAACUAUUAUCCAUACGGUUAUAAUUAUGGCAAAUAAUCAUAAAUACAUUAUGAUUAAUAUAGACUGUAAUUGACUUAUAUUUUUAUGUUUAAUCUAAACUAAAUGUAAAAUCUUAUAACAAUAAAUUCAGUUAAUUAUAAUAAUAAUAAUAAA